UCUUGUAUUUGUCAUGUUCUACUUCAAAGGCAGGAGGUGAUAAGAAAUGGGAAUGUCAAGGAGUUUCCUGGUUGGUUUUGUAGAAGGUCUAGUUCUUGCUGUUCUGAUUCAAGCUCAGGACCAAUCAGGAUUCAUCAGCAUAGACUGCGGAGCUCCUGCAGAUUUAAACUACACCGAGUCAACAACAGGCAUAAAUUAUACUUCAGAUGCAAAUUUCAUAAAUACUGGUGUGAGUGGGACAAUAGUAUCUGAACUCAGAAAUGACUAUCAACGACCAUACGAGAGUGUGAGAAGCUUCCCAGAAGGAAAAAGGAACUGCUACAAAAUAAACAUCACAAGAGGCUCUAAAUAUCUGAUCAAGGCUGGUUUUUUGUACGGAAACUAUGAUGGCCUCAAUAUGUUACCAGAGUUUGAUCUUCUUCUCGGGGCUAACUGGUGGGCUACAGUGAAGUUAGACAAUGCCUCCCUUUUCCAAAGGAAUGAGAUCAUAUAUGUACCUUCACUGGAUUACGUGCAAAUCUGUCUUGUCGACACAGGCUUUGGGACGCCAUUUAUAUCAGCCAUAGAAUUGAGAACUUUGACAAAUGAUAUUUAUGUCACUGAAUUUGGAUUAUUGGAAACUUACUACCGGGGUGAUUUAGGAUCAAACAAAGGCUACAGGUACAAGGACGACAUUUAUGAUCGUUUCUGGAACAUUGGCAACACCAAUAAGUGGACAAACUUAAGUGCUUCGGUUCCUGCUGAUGAUUUAGACUUAAACCAGAACAUAUACCAACCGCCAGCUAUUGUCAUGAGCACUGCAGUUACACCAGCAAAUGUUAGUGCUCCAUUGGUAAUAAGCUGGGUGCCAGAUGAUCCAACUGACCAAUUCUAUGUUUACUUGUACUUCAUGGAGAUUCAAGAGUUAGAGACUAAUCAGACAAGAGAAUUCAACAUCAAGGAAAAUGGUAAGCUAAGGUAUUCAAAAUUUUCACCACUGAAUCAGCUUGUCACCACUUUAUAUAGCUCGUCAAGCUCCAGUGGGAAAGAAAUGACAUAUUCCCUUGAAAAGACCAAAAAUUCAACCCUGCCCCCCAUCAUCAAUGCCAUCGAGAUUUACAAAGUAAAAGACUUCCCGCAAUCAGAUACAUUCCAAGGAGAUGAUGAUGCGAUUACAACCAUCAAGUCAGUUUAUGGGGUGACAAGAGAUUGGCAAGGUGAUCCAUGCGCCCCUGUAGCCUACUUGUGGGAUGGUUUGAAUUGUAGUUAUCUCGGAAAAGAGUCCCCAAGAAUCACAACUUUGAAUUUAUCUUCAAGUGGAUUGUCAGGAAAGUUAGACCCUUCAAUUUCAAAGCUCACCAUGUUGGAGAAGUUGGAUUUAUCAAACAACAGCUUAAACGGUGAAAUUCCUGAUUUUCUGUCUCGAUUACAACACUUAAAGAUCUUAAACUUGGAGAAGAAUAACCUCUCUGGUUCAAUUCCCUCAGCACUUGUUGAAAAAUCAAAGGAAGGCUCCCUGUCACUAAGUGUGGGCCAAAAUCCAAAUCUAUGUGAUUCUGGCCAAUGCAACGAGAAGGAGAAGGAAAAGAAGAACAUCGUUACACCCUUAGUAGCAUCAAUUAGUGGGGUUGUGAUCCUUCUGGUGGUCGUGGCAGCUAUACUGUGGACCCUUCAAAGGAGAAAAUCAAAAGCUUUAAUGGUAGAAAGGGAUCAAAGUCAGAUCUCACAGCCGUACACAGAACAAGAUGAUUCAUUACUGGAAUUAAAGAAACAAAUAUAUUCAUACUCUGAUGUCCUUAAAAUCACCAACAAUUUCAAUACAACUCUUGGUAAAGGAGGAUUUGGAAAAGUUUAUCUGGGCCAUAUAGAUGACACUCCAGUUGCAGUGAAAAUGCUUUCCCCAUCGUCUGUUCAUGGUUAUCAACAAUUUCAAGCAGAGGUUAAACUUCUAAUGAGAGUUCAUCAUAAAAAUUUGACUUCCCUUGUUGGUUAUUGUAAUGAAGGAACCAAUAAGGGUCUCAUAUAUGAGUACAUGGCUAAUGGAAACUUGCAAGAACAUCUCUCUGGUAAACACAGCAAAACAAAAUUCUUCACCUGGGAAGAAAGACUUCGUAUAGCAGUGGAUGCAGCCUCAGGAUUGGAGUAUCUGCAAAAUGGUUGUAAGACACCUAUAAUCCACAGAGAUGUAAAAUCCACAAACAUCUUGUUGAACGAAAACUUCCAAGCAAAAUUAUCUGAUUUUGGUCUAUCCAAAAUUAUCCCAACAGAUGGGGUAACUCACGUGUCAACUGUUGUUGCUGGUACUCCUGGUUAUUUGGACCCUGAGUAUUUCAUAACCAAUAGAUUAACCGAGAAAAGCGAUGUUUAUAGCUUUGGUGUUGUUCUUUUGGAGAUAAUCACAAGUCAGCCAGUGAUAGCAAGGAAAGAAGAAAGCAUUCACAUAAGCGAAUGGGUUAGCUCCUUGAUUGCUAAAGGGGAUAUCGAGGCCAUUGUUGACCCAAGGUUAGAAGGAGAUUUUGACAGUAACUCAGUUUGGAAAGCAGUAGAAAUAGCAACAGCUUGUUUAUCUCCAAAUAUGAACAAGAGGCCAAUCACAAGUGUGAUAGUGAUUGAACUGAAGGAGUCUUUAGCAAUGGAAUUAGCUCGAACUAAAUAUAGUGGUGUUGAAACAAGAGAUUCAAUUAAAACGGUCACCAUGAAUCUUAAUACCGAAUUUAGUCCCCAGGCCAGGUAAACGCUUUCCCAAGAUAAAGAUAGAUGACUAUAGUCAUAUAGUUACGUAUGUUUGAAGAAGGAGAUAAAUAGGGUGGGUGGCUUUCCUCUUGCAAUGCCAGAAGGAGAUCAAGCCACACAAUUAGUGAAUAUGGGCUUUAAUUUGAUUGUAUGUUUUCCAAGUGAGACUGUGUGCUUUAAGAAAUGUGUCGCGUCUUGAAAAAAUAAAUCGAAAGAUAUGAGUGAAUUUCAUAUUCUAUGUGCACUAUGGGCUCUAUUUAACAGAUUGUCCUCUCCUCUCAGACAAUUGAAGACUAGUCUCAGGUGCAACAUGGAUUUAACCGGUGAAAUUGGAAAGAAGACGACUUCGUGGUCAUCAACAUCUUCGAUUCUAUUUUUUCUUCACUCUUGUUUCCCCUCCCCCCUUUUUAUCAAUGCAAAAUAUCUGCUGACCCUGA